AUGUCAUCAGACAACGACUACUCCGAUGAGGACAAUGAGUACUAUGACGAGGACGAAGAUAUGCUUGAUUACGAAGAUGACGGCUCAGCCUCUGAGAUGGAGAUCGAUGGACUGAAUGACGGAUUCGAUUCAGGCAGCAGGCGUAAAGUCUACGAGGUGGAUUAUGAGUCGCUCAGCCAGUCGCAGGUCGAGGCGCUCAUGAAAGCAGACGUGGAUCACAUCAGCAGCAUCUUCGGGGUCGGGCCAGAUGUUGCGUCGCUGCUAUUGCGGCACAUAAACUGGAACAAGGAGAGGCUCAUCGAGAAAUAUAUGGACAACCCUACCGCGGUUGCUACCGCCGCGGGCAUCUCCGCGCCAGAGAAAUCGGCAGAUCCUCCAACAUCUUCGUCGUCGCGCAGUCAGUCCCAAUCUUCCUCUACCCGCCAGACGCUGGUCGGCCCGCGGCGGACCACGCGGCGUACGACGGCGGAGGCACCGAAGUCGGGCAAGACGAAGAUUCUGGAGCGGGUGAGCCCGCCAGCUGAGGUGACGAAGGCGCAGCCGUUCGUGUGCCCGAUCUGCUUCGACGACACGCAGAUAGCAACGCUCGCGCUGGCGUGCGGGCACCAGUUUUGUACCAGCUGCUGGGCGGCGUACGCGCACUCCAAGGUACGCACAGAGGCGGAGAGCUGGAUAACGUGCAUGGCGGAGGGCUGCGCCCUCGUCGCGCCUGACGCGUUCGUGCGCACUGCGCUCGCAGACGACGCGACGACUUGGGUCCGCUUCCAGGAGCUGCUUGUCCGUCACUUCGUCGCGAGCAUGCCCGCGCUCAAGUACUGCCCGUACCCGUCCUGUACAUACACCGUAUCUUGUCCCGCGGGUGCGUCGAAGUCGACGCUCGCAACUAUCGUGCCGAUUGUGAAAUGUGGCGCGAACGCGACGCACACGUUCUGCUUCGGAUGUUCCGUGGAGAGCGACCACCGGCCCGUUAUAUGCGCGGUUGCGAAGAUGUGGCUGCAAAAGUGUCGCGACGACAGCGAGACGGCCAACUGGAUCAAGAGCAAUACCAAGGAGUGCAGCAAAUGCCAGAGCACGAUCGAGAAGAACGGCGGAUGCAACCAUAUGACGUGCAAGAAAUGCAAGUACGAGUUUUGCUGGGUAUGCAUGGGCCCCUGGACCGAACACGGCACCGCGUGGUACAACUGCAACCGGUACGACGAGAAAGCGAGCAUAGACGCGCGCGACGCGCAGUCUCGCAGUCGCGCGUCUCUCGAGCGGUACCUGCACUACUACAACCGGUGGGCGAAUCAUGAGCAGUCGAAGAAGCUCUCAGUCGAGUUGUACGCGAAGACGGAGAAGAAAAUGGAGGAGAUGCAGAUCACGAGUGCGCUCUCGUGGAUCGAGGUGCAGUUUAUGCGCAAGGCCGUCGAUGAGGUCAUCCGCUGCCGCACGACACUUAUGUGGACGUACGGCAUGGCGUACUACAUGGACGCAGGCAACCAGAAGGAGCUGUUUGAGGAUAACCAGCGGGAUCUUGAGCGCGCGGUGGAGGAGCUCUCUGAACUGAUUGAGUCCCCGAUCGAGCCCGAGAUUAUCACGACGCUCCGCCAGAAGGUGACCGAUAAGACCGUCUACGUGCAGAAGCGCAAUGAGAUCGUCCUUGAGGACACUGCGAAGGGCUUCGUGGAGGGCCGCUGGAUCUGGAACGUAAAGGUUGAGGGCUUCGACUGA